AUGACGAUGAACAGUACUUGUUGGAGGGAACAAUUAAUCGGAGGAAAGACUGAUAGAGCAUCAAUUGUGAGAUAUGCAAUUGAUUAUAUAAAGGAGCUUCUGUGGUUAGUGGAAGAGCUGAAAAUAUUGCUGGUGGAGAAGAAAAGGUGUGGGAGAGAGAGGCACCAGACUGAACAAGAUGGUGGUGCUGGCGAUGUUAGUAUCAAGCUGGUUCAGACGAAGAAGUUCAAUUCGUUGCUGUAUGUGUCAAAGCUUCUUGAUGAGCUGCAGCUUGAUCUCCACCAUGCUGAAGGUGUUACAUUGGCAAUUCCUACAGCUUCUUGUUCAACACCAAGGGUUUACUUUUCAUUUGUACUGAUGCAUGAAGGGUCUUUUUUGUAUGCAAAAGCUAUAGAUGACAAGCUCAUUGAGGUUCUGGACGGACAAUAUGCAGCAGUUCCACCUACCAGUAGUUAUUAG